AUGAUAGAUACGUGUAAUAGUUCUUUAAAUUAUAGUGUUUCUAUUCAACUUAUUGAAGUAAAUCAAAACGAAUCAUUAACAGAAUUUUCGUGUUCAUCAAGUAAAGCAACAUGUUCUCGUUAUGUGGCUUCAAAUUGUGAAAAUUCUAAAUUAGCUCGAAUGGUUGCUCCAUUAGAACCUACAAAGAAUUAUUUUAUUUUUGUUUCAGUAGAUGAAAAUAAUAUUGGAACUGUUAAUGUUACGUUUAAAACAGUUUGUCCAUUUGGAUGUGGAGAACAUGGAUUUUGUAAUAAUAAUGGUAUUUGUAUUUGUGAAGAUGGGUAUGUAGAUAAUGGUGGAUGUUCAUUAUGUGGGAAUGGUAAAAUUGAUGAUGGUGAAGAAUGUGAUUUAUCUGCUCAGGAAGAUAAGUAUUGUGCUGAGACAUGUAAAUGUUAUUUUGGUUUUACACCAAUCACUAUCAAUGGAAUAACUAAAUGCUCUCCUUCAACAUGUAAUAAUGGAGUUAUAGAUCAAAAUGAAGAAUGUGAUGGAGGUAAAGGAUGUGAUCAUUGUUUAUGUCAAGAAGGAUAUGUUAAAUAUGAAAAAGCACGUGAAUAUUGUUUAUCAACUAAAUGUGGAAAUGGAAAAUUAGAUGAAGAAGAAGAAUGUGAUAAUGGAGAUGGAUGUUAUGAAUGUGAAUGUCAAGAAGGUUGGUAUAGUUAUAAUUCAAAGAAUUGUAGAGACAAAAGUUAUGGACUUGCAGCAGCAGAUUUUAUUGGUAGAAUUUUAAUACCUUAUUGGAUAUUUUUAAUAUUGAUUGGAUGUGUUAGUGGUAUUGUCCAUUGGAAAGUUACCUCUAAAAUUAAAAAUGAAUUAAAAGAAAUGGAAGGAGCUUUGCCUUUCUUUGAAACAACAAUUAUUCCUUUUAAUAAAGAAAAUUCACAGUUUAUUGAUGUUAAAUCAUCAAAUCCAUAUUUUACAAUUGACCCACCUUCAAUUGAUUUCCAAGAAGAACGAGUUGAAGUAGGAGAAGUAUAUUCAUAUACUUUUACUAUUACAAAUAAUUGGAAAGAAGUUCUUCAUUAUACAUUCCAUGCAGGAGAAUAUCUUAAAUAUGAUAUAACAUUUAAACCUGUUACUGGAUCAUUAAGACAGUAUCAAAGUGUUGACAUCCAAGCAAUGGUAUGUUUAAAAUGUACAACUGUUAUUAAUGAACGUGUUCCAGUUACUAUUAGGUUUGGUCAACUAAAUUCAAUUUUAAAGAAUAUUAAAAAAGAAAAUCCAGAAAUGUUAGACCAACUCUCUCAAAAUUCAUCUCAUGUUUCUGAAAAUUCUCAACAACAAGGAGAACCAAGAAGAUCUUUCUCUUCUUUAUCAAACAUAAGUAAUAAGUCAGGAGGUUCUGAUAAAAAUUCUUCACAUGAACAAUCUCAACAAUCUUCUAAAUCAUCAAAAAAACAUCACACUGAAAGAAUACGUAAAUUCCAUUUAUAUCUUCCUCUUCAAGCUGAAUCUACUUUAUCUACUAAGUUGGAUUAUGAAGAAAUUCAUUUACAUCAUCCUCCUAUUGGUUCAGGUACAUUUGGUAUUGUUUAUAGAGCAGAAUGGAGAGGAGUUGAUGUUGCAGUUAAAGUUAUGAAAACUGAUUUAUUUGAUUUAAAUGAUUUAUUACCUAAUUUCCUUCAAGAAGUUGAAUUACUAGAAAAGAUUAGAUGUCCAUUUAUUAUUAAUUUCAUUGGAAGUGUAACAAGCUCAGAUACUUUAGCAUUAGUAACUGAAUUUUGUCCAUUAGGGUCAUUAAGAAAAUAUAUUAAGACUAAUUCAAUGUCCAUUGAAUUAAAAUUAAGAUUUUGUCAUGACAUUGCAUCUGGUAUGGAUUAUCUUCAUCAAAAUGAUAUCAUCCAUCAUGAUUUAAAAACUGACAAUAUCUUGGUCUAUUCAAAGAAUCCUUUUGAUCCUGUUGUAUGUAAAGUUACAGAUUUUGGAACUUCACGUUCAUUUAUUGAAUCAUUAGGUAAAACAGGAAUUCAAAAUAUUGGUACUCCAAUGUAUAUGGCACCAGAACUAAAUACUGGAGAACAAGAUAUGACAUUAAAAUCAGAUGUUUUUUCAUUUGCUAUUUGUUGUACUGAAAUUUGGUUAGGUAGAGAUCCAUAUGAUCCAGAGAAAUUCCCAGAUUCAGAAUCAAUUUUAAAAUUUGUUGGAAGUGGUAAACGAAUAGAGUUACCACAAGAUUGUUUGAUUAAAACCAUUAUUGAACAAUCUUGGAAACAUAACCCAAAAGAUAGACCUCAAUUCGAUGAAAUUCUUCAUUUAAUUGAUGGAAUAGUAAAACAAAUGAAAUUAAAUGUCUCACCAUCUCAAAGUCAAUCAAAUAUUCAAAAUUCAUUUGACAAAAGAAAUUCUGUUGUUUUUAUCAAUCCUGAACAAAGCAAAAGCAAUUCUUCUCAUAACUCAUUUAACGACCAAGAAAUAGUACUUUAA